UUCUGCAAUAUUAUUCUUGAGAUAUAGAAAAGAUGUCUUCCAUCGGUGAACUUGCUUCCACUUACGCUUGUUUGAUCCUUCAUGAUGAUGGAAUUCCUAUCAAUGCCGAGAAUAUUGGUACGCUCAUAAAAGCAGCAAAUUUGAAGGUGGAAUCAUACUGGCCGAGCCUUUUUGCAAAACUUUGUCAGAAGAUAAACGUGGAUGAACUUGUCAUGAACAUCGGCGUCGGCGGAACUGCGGGUUCUACCGCCACUGUCGCCGCUGCUCCCGCUCCUACUACCGGUAACUACGCCACCGCUGCACCUUCCGCCAAUGACAAGAAGAAGGAAGAAGUAAAAGAAGAGAGUGAUGAUGAGCUGAUGUUUAGCUUGUUUGAUUAGAGGUUGCAGAAUGCAGCGAUCCUCAGCUUGUUGAAGAAUUUAAAAUUUUGGCUCUUUAGCAUAUAGAAAACUGUUGCAGGAUAAUUUUAAGUUUUUAAUAUUCGGACUACUUUAUUAUUAUUGAGACUGGCUAUUCUGUACGCUGCCAGAACUUUUAUACAUGUUUCAUCUACA